AUGGUUACAAGAGCGAAGCGACGCAGGACCGCGGCCGCAGCAGCGGCAACGCUGGCGCCGGCGCAGUCGCGAAGUUAUGGCUCUGAUCGGACAGCGGCUCUUUCUUACUAUUCGCAACGAGACUGGGUCGUCAAAGCCUUUGGCUAUGCCGGUGUUACCUCGCGAAAGAAGACGCAUGUUGGCCGCAGCUCAGAGGCGAAGACAACCGAGCUGAAAGGCGUUAGCGAGGACCAGAUCCGCCAUGCCGGCCGUUGGAACCAGGAGCAGAUGGUCGGCUGUUACCUCAACGCAUUGCCCCGUAAGUUUAUGCGUACGAUGGCCGGCCAUCCUUCGCAGAUGGGGUGUUUCGAGAUUCGCCGCGCUGGGAUUGCACCACCAGAGGCCCUGCUUUCGAUGAUCUGGCCUGGGUUGGAUAGCUGGAAGGACCGGUUCGGCCCUAGGUCCGACCAGGUGAACGACCUUGCAGCGAUGGGCCUUACGAACCUGCUCUUCUACUUACGCGAGGUGGCCCUACAGGACUCGGUCCUCCUAAUGCAACAGUUCCCCAGCAGCCCAGUAUGGAACCACCCGGUCUUUCAGCACGAGGCCUACCAGCCAUUCGCGCAGCAGGUCUUGGCCUUUGUGCGGGAGGAGGAGCAGCCAAGCCAGCUAGCUGUCCUUGUCCAGGCGAUGCCAGUCUUGGCCCGACUACCUAAAACCUUCUUAGUUUCGGGGCUUCAGGCGGCCGCUACAGCGGUCCUGCCACCAGCAGAAGGAGGGGGCAAGAGCCAAUACACGUCUGCCCAGCCGAGCAUCAACAAUAGCCGCCUGGCAAGCCCCGACCCGGCCAGGACAUACAACACGCUAGAGCCAGAGCUGCAGCCGCCCCAAUACCGCAUGUGCCGGGCAGUCAGAACGGUAGAAGGCCUAUGGCGCGAGUGGACAGUCGGCCUUCGGGGCCAGCCGGCCAUCGCCGCGCUCGACAGCAGAUGGGGCAGCCGAUGGCGCGCAGGGCGGCAGAGCGAGCUGCAGUGGUAUUCCCUGCGGCUCGAGGUCAUCAAAGAGAUCCGGCGUGUUGCCCAGGCACAGCGGAUCAGCGAGCAGGCGGCGAUGGGCAUUGUCAGCAUGCAACAGCAGCGCAUUGGCUGCUCCCUCGACCAGUUUUGCAAGCAGCUGCGGGCAGAAUAG